GGUCAAUUGUAAAGACCAACCAGUAAGACAUUUCAUCAAACAUCUGAUAGACAAGAAUCGAGCUUCCUCAAAAGCCUUCAAUUCUUAGCAAAUUUAGUUGAUGAUGAAGGUAACAUCUAUAUUCGAUAUAUAAGUGCUACAUUUUACAUGGAGCCCAGAAAUUUAAAUCGUCUCCGACGUAUUUAAGAAUUGCAAGAAAACGAGCAUGAAAUAUGCGCUCAAAUGGCGUCUUUAUCUCUCGGACCUUUUCAACGAUCAUCAGGAAACCCCACUCUUCCUCUCAUCAAGCCAACUCCAGAAUCAAAUCCUUAGUUCAACAGGGAAGUUAUCGAGAAGCCCUAGAAUUUUACUCCAACCAUCUCAACUUCCCAAAUGAUACUACUUCAAGAUUCAUCUUUCCUUCUCUGCUCAAGUCAUGCGCUUCCCUCUCAAAUUCAACCUUCGGCGGCGCUCUCCAAUCCACGAUCAUCAAGCUGGGCCUCCUUUUUGAUCCUUACAUCGUCACUUCGCUCGUACAAAUGUAUGUAAAAUGUGGGUCGCUCGGGAGCGCAGUUCACCUGUUCGACGAUUUGCCUGAAUGCGAGAUUUUGACUAACGACGUCGCGCUUUGGAAUUCUAUCAUUGAUGGGUAUUUCAAGAAUGGGCUUAUUGAGGAGGGAGUAGCACAGGUUCGACGUAUGCUGGAGUUGAAUGUCAAGCCCGAUGGCUAUACUUUGUGCAUUCUUCUUGGGACUUCCAAUGCUUGUUUAGGUGUAUCAUGUGGGAGAGAAAUUCAUGGCUUUGUUAUCAGAAAUACGUUUUUUCACGAUCCAUUCGUGGCUACCGCGAUGAUUGAUCUCUACUCGAGCUAUGGUAGGCCGAUGGACGCGUGGAAUGUGUUUAAAAAGUUGGAAUUUGAUAAUUGCAGCAUUGCAGUUUGGAAUGCAAUGAUCAGUGGCUUCUGUGAGAAUGGUCUUUGGAGGAACAGCUUGCAGUUAUAUUUGCUAGCGAAAAACGAGGGUCUUGAGCUCGGUUCCACAACGUUUACAAGUGUUCUCACAGCUUGUUCACAGGGUAAUGCUAUGGAGUUUGGCUGUCAAGUACACUGUGAUUUGGUCAAGACGGGGUUCGAGCACGACCCCUACGCUAGCACUUCUCUACUAACCUUUUAUUCCAAGUGUGGAGUUGUUGAAGAUGCAGAGAGUGUUUACCAUUUAGUAAGAGAGAGAAAGGUUGGGAUAUGGAAUAGCAUGAUUUCAGCUUAUGUUAACUGCGGUUGUGCUAAUCAUGCUUUGGAUGUUCACACUGAGAUGCGAUCCAAACGAGUAGAGCCCGAUUCCUUCACCAUAUCAAAUGUACUAAUAGCGUGUGGUAUGAUUGGAUCGCGCCAUCUUGGAGCAAUGACACAUGGAGACCUGAUUAAGAGGCCUAUGAAGCAGAGUCUUGCUCUGCAGAGUGCUCUGCUGACAAUGUACUCGAAGCUUGGGAGUGUCGAGGAGUCCUAUAAGGUAUUCGGAGAGAUGAAGGAGAAGGAUGUCGUAGCGUGGGGCUCUAUGAUAUCAGGGAGUUUAGAGAACAGGAAAUUCGAGGAGGUUUUGUGUUUUUACAAAAGGAUGAUCUUUGAAGGUGUGAAGCCGGAUGCUAGUGUUGUUGCAAGCUCGAUCGUUGCUUGUUUAGGAUAUGACGAUGAAAAACUAGGUUGUUGUCUUCAUGGAAUGUCGAUUAAGGAAGGGCUAGAUUUGUAUUCUUGCACAGGUAGAGCUCUGAUCGAGUUCUACUCGAAAUCCAGACAGCCUGAUAUGGCAAAGAAAGCUUUUUGCAGUGUGUUGGUGAAGAAUUUGGUGGUGUGGAAUGCUUUAAUCUCGUGCUACUCGUUUAACGCCCUCCCAAACGUCUCGAUCAGCCUUCUACCUCGAGUUCUGGAACACGGCCUUUGCCCCGACUCCAUAACAGCCACCCUUGCUCUCGCUGCAGCUGCAGAGCUCGCGGCAUUGCUUGUGGGGAAGGCGAUACACGGCUACCUCGUGAGAUCCCUUCCAUUUCGAGAGAUUCAAGUGGAGAACACGUUGGUUGAUAUGUAUGUGAAGUGUGGGAGCUUAGCUUAUGCAGAAGGGGUGUUCAAGAACAUGGAGAAGAGAGACGCCGUGGCGUGGAACUCCAUGAUCGGUGGCUAUGGCUCACAUGGUGAGUGCCGUAGGGCCAUUGGUUUGCUGCAGGAGAUGAGGGAUUCGGGGACACGCCCCGAUGAGGUGACGUUCCUCUCCCUCAUCUCCUCCUGCAACCACCGCGGCCUCGUGGAGGAAGGUCUGGAUCUGUUUAGGUCGAUGAGAGGGAGCGGCGUGGAGCCUAAGAUGGUGCAUUAUGUGGCGGUGGUGGACCUUUUGGGGCGCGGUGGGCGCGUGGAGGAGGCUUGGGAGUUGGUGGAGAAGAUGGCCGUUGCGGCCGAGAGAGGGGUCUGGCUGUCUUUGCUGUCUGCGUGCAGAGUUCAUGGGAAGGUUGAGCUUGGUGAGGCGGCUGCUCGUAAGCUGAUGGCGAUGGAGCCGGAGAGCGGGCGGGGGUACGUGCAGCUGCUCAACUUGUACGUCGAGGGGGGGUUGAAGGAGAAGGCGGCGGAGUUGAGGGGUGUGAUGAGGCAGAAGGGAGUGAUGAAGCUGCCUGGAUGCAGUUGGAUUGAGGUGAAGGAUAAGGUGGAGGUUUUCUUCUCGGGCGGCACGACGCUGUCUUCGUCGACGAUGAGGAUAUGUGAGACUCUUGAUGGCCUUAAGAGUAGCAUGAAGAAGGGAGAAUGUGGUUGGGAAGUAGGUGAGGCAUUGCUUGAAACAGGAUGAGGUUACAAUGGAGUCUUUUUAGGUGAGAGAGAGAGGGGGAUGGAUGAGGAUGCUGCAAGCCUAGUUAGCAAGGGCUGCUGUUUUUAGGUGGUUUUCUCAUAGAGCCAACUGCCCAUGAAAGAGAGGAGAAGAAGAAGAAGAGAGAAAAUAUUUUAUCAUUCACAAAUUUUGGUGAAAGUGUAAAACCAAUAUAGUUUGAAGGAUUGGUCUUUUGUAUAUAAUAUUAAAGUCGGGGGAAAUUGGAAGCCACUACAUAGGUAGUGAUUGAGACUGAACAUUCAGGAAUGUCAAUCGGAUCAACUCAUUCGAUUUUGAGCCAAUCUAUUUA